AUGGCUCUAGAGGUGCUGCAGCAGCUGAAAGAGCUGGGAUCGAAGUUGGAGAGUCUUCCGGGGUCGAAAGACACCAUCAUUAAGCUCCUGAAGCGAAGUGAAGCAUGUCUUGCUCAAUUAGAUCAGUCACCUACAAAAUCAGUCGUUGACUCUAUGCAGCCUCUUGUAAAUGCUGUAGCCAAGCCAGAGUAUUUGCAACAUCAGGAUCGGGAGGUCAAGCUCUUUGUAGCUUCUUGCAUUUGUGAAAUAACUCGAAUUACUGCACCCGAGGCUCCUUAUGAUGACAAUGUCUUCAAGGAUAUUUUUCAGUUGCUUGUGAGUACUUUCAAUGGCUUAAAUGAUAUAAGCGCUCCAUCAUUCAGAAGGAGGGCUGUUAUCCUCGAAACUAUGGCUAAAUAUAAAUCAUGUGUUGUGAUGCUGGAUCUUGAAUGUUAUGAUCUCAUAAAGGAAAUGUUCAAUACAUUUUUUGCUGUUGUCAGUGAUGAGCAUCCUGGCAAUGUCUUGACUUCAAUGCAAACGAUCAUGGAGGUUCUGUUAGAUGAAUGUGAAGAUGUACCAGAGAGUCUAUUGUUUAUUUUGUUGUCUAUUUUAGGCCGUGAUAAGGAGGGUGUAAUUAUGGCUGCAAGGAAGCUUGCUAUGAAUGUGAUAGGGAAUUGUGCUGCAAAACUGGAACCUGGCAUAAAGCAAUUUCUUGUGUCAUCAAUGUCGGGGGAUAGAAGGCCCCUUUUACCUGAGACUGAUUAUCACGCUGUACUGUAUGAUAUCUACCUAUGUGCCCCUCAAAUCUUACCUGGGGUUGUUCCUUAUCUUACCGGAGAGCUGCUGAGUGAUCAAGUGGAGAUUCGUAUGAAAGCAGUUAGUUUAGUUGGGAACCUCUUUGCGUUGCCUAAAUCGACUAUUUCUGAAGCCUUUGAACCUGUCUUUUCGGAGUUUCUGAAAAGGCUGACUGAUAGAGUAGUCGAUGUCAGAAUGUCUGUCCUCCACUAUGUCAAGACUUGUCUUUUGGAGAAUCCCUUCAGAGGCGAAGCUCAUCAAAUUAUCUCUGCUCUUUGUGACCGUUUGCUGGACUACGACGAGAAUGUCCGCAAACAAGUUGUUGCUGUGCUUUGUGAUGUGGCAUAUCAUUCUCUCAAAUCCAGUCCCUCCGAAACCAUAAAGAUGGUCUCAGAACGCCUUCGUGACAAAUCUGUUCUCGUCAAAAGGUAUGCUAUGGAGAGGUUGGGUGACAUAUACCGGAUGUCUUGGACUAAGCAUUCUACGGAUUCGACUAGGGAUGAUGAAUAUGAUUGGAUUGUGGGGAAGAUAUUGAGAUGCUUUUACGACAAAGAUUUCAGAUCAGAUACAAUUGAACAUAUCCUAUCUCUGUCCUUGUUCCCACCUGAAUUUUCUGUCAAGGAUAAGGUAGCAAAAUGGGUUAGGUUGUUUUCUGGAUUCGAUAAAGUUGAGGUUAAGGCUCUUGAGAAGAUACUAGAGCAGAAGCGAAGGUUACAACAAGAGAUGCAGAAGUACCUCUCUCUCCGAGAGUCAUCUCAGGGAGGUGAUGACACUGAGAUGAGAAAGAAGGUAAUGUUUUGCUUUCGUGUCAUGUCUCGCUGUUUUGGCGAUCCUGCAAAGGCAGAGGAGAACUUUCAGAUUCUCGACGAGUUGAAAGAUGCCAAGAUUUGGAAAAUCUUUGCACGUCUCAUUGACCCAAACACCAGCGCUCUGCGAUCCAGUAGUUUACGGGACGAUUUGCUAAAGGUCCUUGGUCAGAAGCAUCGACUCUAUGAGUUUCUGGGUGCACUUUCUUUGAAAUGCUCUUAUAUGCUUUUUGACAAAGAUCAUGUCAGAGAGUUCCUUCUGGAAGCUCGUGUGCAGAAGUCCUCUGGAACUGCUGAGUUAAUUUUGUCCUGCAUGGCUAUUCUUGUGAUUCUAGCACGAUUUUGCCCUCUGUUGUUUGGUGGAACUGAAGAAGAUUUGGUUCAUCUACUUGAGGAUGAUAAUGAAAUUAUUAAGGAGGGCACAUUGCAUAUUCUUGCAAGGGCUGGGGGAACUAUCAGAGAAAAAUUGGGUGUCUCAUCAAGAUCAUUAGACCUUAUUCUGGAGCGCAUAAGCAUUGAAGGUAGCCGAAGGCAGGCUAAGUAUGCUGUUCAUGCCCUGGCAUCCAUCACAAAAGAUGACGGUCUUAAGUCACUCUCUGUUCUUUACAAGAGGUUAGUUGAUAUGCUUGAAGAGAAAUCCCACUUGCCAGCUGUUUUACAAUCUCUCGGAUGCAUAGCACAAGCUGCUAUGCCAGUCUUUGAAACAAGAGAAAGUGAGAUUCAGAAUUUCAUUAAGGAACACAUACUGAAGCAGGGACAUGUAACUGAAAACAAAGCAGAUGUUUGUUGGGAUGAUAUAAGUGAACUUUGUUCUUUAAAGAUUUUUGGUCUUAAAGCAUUGGUCAAGAGCUAUUUACCUGUAAAAGAUAUCCAGCUUCGUUCUGGAGUUGAUGAUUUAAUUAAUAUCAUAAAAAAUAUACUCUUCUUUGGUGAUAUAUCAAAAGAAAUCAAGUCAAGUUCAGUUGAUAAGGCACAUUUGAAACUAGCUGCAGCAAAAGCUAUCCUUCGCCUAUCAAAGCACUGGGAGCAUAAGAUUCCUGUUGAUGUUCUUUACCUCACUUUGAGAACUUCAGAGGAUAACUUUCCUGAGGUCAAAAAACUUUUUCUCAGCAAAGUUCAUCAAUAUGUGAGGGACCGUAUUUUAGACCCAAAGUAUGCCUGUGCCUUCUUGCUGGAUGUUCCAGCUUCACAGGCAGAUUUUGAAGAGAAUAAACGCUGUUUGAAUGACAUCAUCCAAAUGUGUCGGCAAGGCAGGGGACUCAAAAUCUCUGUGCAGGCUGAUGCCAUGUCACCUUCCCUUUAUCCAGAAUACAUUCUCCCAUAUGUGGUCCAUUCUCUUGCUCAUCAUCCUUCGUUCCCUGAUUUAGAUGAAUGCCAAGAUGUCAAAUCAUAUGAACCCAUGUUCAGGAAGUUGUACUUGUUCUUAUCUAUGCUAUUGCAUGGGGAUGCAGAGGGCAAGUCGGACGACAGUAUUAGCAAGGACAAGGAUAGCAUUAAAUUGUUGUGUUCAAUUUUUCAAUCUAUCAGACACUCAGAAGAUGCUUUUGACCCGGCUAAGUCCAAGAAUCUGUAUGCCCUGUGUGACCUUGGUGUGCCAAUUAUUAAGAAGUUAGCUUCAAACCAAGAUGAACUUCAAGAUUUGGGUGCACCUGUGCCCCUAACUCCUGUUCUUUUUAAACCUCUUGAGAAGAAAGAAGAAAACAACUCGCUGGAGAGUGAAGGGAAAACAUGGCUGGCGGAUGAGGGCAUCUUUUCCCACUUUGAAUCACUUGAACUCGAACCUGCUGAAAUCGUUCAUCCCUUAGUUUCGGAGGAUGACAUCAUGAAGGACAGUGAAACAGAAGGCAAUGAGAUGCCACUUGGGAAAUUGAUGCAACGCCUUAAAGCGAAGGCUGCGAGGACCAAGAAAGAGGCCAAGACUGAGUCUUUGAGGACCAAGAAAGAGGCCAAGGAUGAGCUGGCACAAGCUGGAGUGUCGAACGAAAAUGAUUUUGAUAUCUUGAAAAUGGUCAAGGAAAUCAAUUCCGAUAAUGCGGGCACCAGUGUGAAGCUAUCUUCCAAUGGUCACGAAAAUGCUCGAAGAAAGAGAAUUCAGAACGAACCCCAUAAUAGUCGAAGGCUGAAUGGUGAGUCGACCGAUAUUCCCGUGCCCAAACGUAAGAGAACAUCUUCAGCUCAAGCUCACAAGACAACUGUAAAGGGCUCCAGGAAGCCUACUAAUGUGAAUGAGGAGGAUAUUGGUGCUGACGUGGAUAAGAUGAAUGAGGAGCCUCAAACUAAUCCGGAGGAUCAACAUAUACAAGACAAAACUGAUGAAAACCCAGAAUCGGAAAUGCUGUUUUCUCGUAUCCGGAAGAAACUGGGCUCUUCCUCUAAGCAGAAAGGUAAACGAGUGUCUGAUAGCGGUGAGGCAUUUAGGGUCUCCUCAGAAGCUAAGAAGCCUAAGAAAGUCCCAAGUUCUGAGAAUAGCCCACGGUCAAUCGUUGAUUCCAAGUUAGGAUCCAUGAAGAAGCAGAAAACAAAAAGUUUGGGUGGGUUGGGAAAGUGCACUACAAAAGAAAAUGGAAGUUCUGCAGAAGACUUGAUUGAUCUCAGAAUAAAGGUUUGGUGGCCGAUGGAUAAGAAGUAUUAUGAAGGUGUUGUGAAGUCGUACGAUACUGAGAAAAAGAAGCAUGUGAUAUUAUAUGAUGAUGGGGAUGUGGAAGUUCUUCGAUUAGAUAAGGAACGCUGGGAGCCUGUCGAAAAGGAUCCAAAGAGAUCUGGUUCAUCAAAGGGUGUGUCUCAGAAAGGAGGAUUAUCCGGGAAUGGAAAGAAAUCAAGCCGAUCCCCUAAUUACAUAGAAGAUUUGGAGAAAUCUCUGACUUCUCAAGUGCGACGAAAGAGAACUCCACGGAAAAAUCCGAACAAAAAGCCAAAAAUUCCAGAUAUUGCCCCCCCUGAAUCGGACCCCAUGUCGCAUUCUGAGGAUUCAGUCUCAGAGAAGGAAGAGUACAAAAGAGUCAAGAAGAUGGUGGAGCUAUUAAACAAGGAAGAAGAUCCUGCUGAGGUGGACUUGAAUGAAGGAGAAGAUUUGGAAGAAACAGAGAGUGAAAAUCUUGGUGGCUCGUUCGAUGAAGCUAAUGGAUCAUCUGAUAAUGAAACUGUGGUGUCGCUAUUAAACAAGUUGAAUGAAGGAGAAGAUUUGGAAGAAACAGAGAGUGAAAAUUGUGGUGGCUCGUUCGAUGAAGCUAAUGGAUCAUCUGAUAAUGAAGCAGUUUCAUAUUCAGACAAGAAGCCGUCGAGUGAGAACAAUGAAGAAUUUGAAGGGGAGAGUGACAGAAAGGCUUCUAGCUCUGAUACUGCAGAUGUGGAGUUUUCAGAUGACGAGCCUCUGUUUUCCGAGCCAAACAAGACGAUGUUCGGUUUUAGCGUUAGGACAUGGCAAAACGGAUUCGGAUCACCUAAAUCCGUCGGGUCCCCAGUCUCGGUCAGCUCCCCUGCCCGACCCGUGUCGCCCGGCGACACGAACUCUCCAAAAGUCGAUGUGGGAGAAAUCGAUACCCGAGCACCGUUCGAAUCUGUGAAAGCGGCUGUAAGUUUAUUCGGCGAGGUUGUUUCUCCUAGGGCAAGGCCGGUCACCAAAAAGACCAAAGCUGAAGAGCAAAGGCUACUCGAAAAGGAGACCCAACACCACAUGAUCCUUCGCGAGCUCGACUACUACAAGGAAAAACUUCGCCAAACCGAGUCUGCCCGGGCCCACGCUUCCCGAGACCUCCAGCAGGCCCACCGCACCGUCCACGAGCUCACCAACAAGCUCGACUCCCUCAGCGAAUCCAAACAAUCGGCCAUUCGGGCCGCCGACGAGGCCCGUCUCUUAGCGGGAUCCCUCGAGGCCCGCCGGGCCCACCUCGGCAGCGACGCGUGGAAGCUCGACGUGGACUCGGAACGCGAGUCCUACCGAGCCUCCGCGAGCCAGCUCAUCGCCGCCAAGCAGGACCUCACGACCCUCCGCCAGGACGUCGACUCCGCCCUCGACGCCAAGCUGGCGGCCUUCCACGAGGCCGAGGAAGCCCGCCAGCUCACGAGGGCGAAUUUGGAAAAGAAAAAUCGGCUCUUGCUUGAGGUCUUCAACAUUCGGGAGACCCUCGACCAAGUUCGGGCCGCGGCCCGACGGGCUGAGGAGGAGCACCUCAGGCUCGUGGCCGAGCGCGAGAUCUACGUGCUCGUCCACAAGUCGGCUCGGGAGUUGGGCGAACGGGAGAUUCAAAGGUUGAUAGACGAGCGCGGGCCCACCGACGACGACGGGGAGAAAAGCUUCGAGGAGGUUAACGAGGCGGUUAAUGUGUUGCGCGAGCAAUUGGACGAGGUUCGAACGGGAGAUUUGAGGUUGCUCCGCGACGCGGUCUCGAGGCUCGAGUUAGGUAAACGGGAGCUCGAGGAACUUUCGGAGGAGGAAAAUUCGAGUCGGGCGAACGGGCGGGCGCUCGGUUAUGAGGUGGAGUGCGUGAGGCGGAAAAAGUCGGAGUACGAGGAGAAGGCUCGGGAGGUUGAGUUGAGGCUCGAGGCGAGACGGGCGGAGCUCGAGAGGAAGAAGGACGAGCUUCGGGAGGCGAAGAAGUCGAGGGGCGUUUUGGAGGAGACGCGCGCGAAAUUGGACGAAAUUUUGCGCGGAACCGAGAAGUACCGACGGGAGGCGGAAGGGGUGAGGGAGGAAAUCGAGCGGAUGUGUCGGGAGGCUGACGAGGCGAAUGACGUGGCGCGGGAGAUGGGAGGGAGGGUCGAGGCGGCCAUGAUAUUGAGUGUUGUCCAGCUGCAGGAAUAG